CAUGUGGAGCUGUCAGCUCCGCCACACCAAGGCCGAAACGGAUCUUGAACACGGCACUGCAGGUCUCGAUCGCACGAGCAGGGAAAAGAUUUCGAUGUGCUUGACAUACGACAUGUGACAAGGAAAAAGCAACGUCGUCUGAGCCAGACAGCUUUCAGAAAUGUUGCAGACCCCAGCAACCGAUCCCAGAUCUCCAGAACACGAUACAGAACGCUGGAUUCCACCCGCAACCGUGUGCAAGCUCGCUAGCAGUUCACCGACUGUUCCGCCGCCCCGACAGUCGGCUUCACUUGGACGGAUCGUCCGGUCAAGUGAACCCCCAACACGCAUGAGACGUACACACCUGGAAGGCACAGAACUAGCGAAUAACCUGUCAGUCGUUGUGUGGGGAUCAACAUCACCUCGAGGGCACAACCACAAUCAACAAGGCCGUGUCGCGUACAUCUUGAUUGUCAGGUUGAUUCGGGAGCCUGCGCGAAGUCAGUUUCGCACCAAUCGAAUUUGAAGUUCUGGGCAGCGGGCUAGAAGAAGGAGAGGGCCUGCAAGCGUAGCAUUGCCC